AUGGCUAACAAGAGUGCAGUCAUGCGCACGAGGAAGAUAUUCCGGGAACGGUCAAUCUUCAGGCUGUUGAGGGUGAUGACACAGGAUAUGGACAAGCUCUGUUUCCCGUCCCAGCGGAUGACCCCAAUGAUCCUCUCCAAGUACGUGUAUCCUGCCGCUUUUGGGCCCCCAUUAUCUCCUCGAACAUUCAACCGUGUGAAAACAACAGCGCUAAGACGAGAGAUUUUGCAGUGGACAAAUUUCAAAAAGUCGAUGAUUCUCGCAAUUUGUGCCGCCUAUUCGUUCCUUGGAAACUCCGCCCUCGUCGGGCCUUCAGUAUAUAUUGGAAUCUAUGCAGAAGAGUUUGGCGUCACCCCAACCAUAGCAUCAGGGUUGAUUUCCUACCCUAAUCUUGCCUUUGGGUUCGGCUCUCUCCUCCUCGUUCCAUUGUACCUCAAGAUUGGCCGACGGCCCGUAAUGCUUCUGUCUCUUGUUUGCUUUUUAGGCGGUCUGAUCGGCGCUUCUCGCGCAAGUACCUUCCAAGGAUUGAUGGUUGCUCGUGUUUUCCACGGCUUGGGCUCUGGAGUCUGUGAGGCGCUUCCCGUGCAGCUCGUGAACGACAUCUUCUUCCUCCAUGAGCGUGGCAAGAGAAUUGGCUACUACACUGUUUGCUUGUGUCUUGGUGCCACCGGUCCCCUAUAUGCUGGGUACAUGUUGGCAGGAGGCUACUCGUGGAGACUUUUCUUCUACGUUGAGAUCGCAUUCGCUGCCGCCCUCCUCAUCUUAGCAAUCAUCUUUGUCGAAGAAACAUCCUACAAGCGUGUGAUCCCAGCAGCAACGCCCGCACAGUCUGAUACCGGCGAUGCAAAGGAGGCGGGUGUCCACCAGAUUGAAGAAGCAACCGUGGUUCCUCCACGGAAGACCUUCCUCCAACAGUUGAAGCCGUUCGAGAAAAUCGACCAUGAGGCCGAGUUCUUCAUGACUAUGAUUCGCCCCUUCACAUAUUUCACUGUUCCGGCCGUGUUUUGGGUUAUUACUACUUAUGGAAUCUACAUCGGCCUCGGAGCUUUGGCGUUUAACUACACCUUCCCUCUGCUGAUCGUCAAGCCACCAUACAGCUGGGCACCGGAAAACUCAGGCCUCAUUGCAGUCGCCAACGCAGUGGGUUUCUUAAGCGCCGUCCCAUUCACAUUCACCUCCGAUCGUCUCGCGGCCCAUCUCACAAGGCGCAACAACGGUAUCCGUGAAGCCGAAAUGCGUCUCCCUGUCAUGCUCCCCGCCAUGCUGAUCGCCCCCGCCGGUCUUGUCGUCUACGGCUUGACCGCCGAACGCGAACUCCACUGGAUGGGUUUCUUCGCUGGUGUCGCAAUGUGCAAUUGGGGCGCGUACUUCUACUUCAGUUUCACUCUCGCAUACGCCGUGGACUCCUACAACGCCAACACGAGCGAAAUGCUUAUCGCUAUGAAUUUGGGCAAACAAGCUAUUAGUUUCGGCAUGGGCUUGAAGCUGCUAGAUUGGAUUCUGGAGAGAGGUUUUGCGGUCGUUAUUGCAGGUGCCUUUGGCGCUGUUCUACUUGCGAAUAAUCUUCUACUACCUGUGUUCUGGUUCUGUGGCAAGAGUAUUAGGAGAUACACUGCCAAUAGUUGGUUGGGCGGAUGGCACAAUAAGAAGGCUGGAGCGAAGUUAACGCAUUAA